AUGGGAUACGCAGUAAUAUUCAUGCAUAGACAAUUUAGUUUACAACCUUAUAGCAGACAUUAUACACAUUCUACAAAUUGUUUCUUGGAUUUUAUGGAACUGAAAAGUGAUGGAAGUAUUGGAGUUAAUUCCAAGUAUGCUCCAAAAAUGAAAUCUGUUUUAGAAAAAUAUCAAGAGUUCAAAAAGAAUGAAACUCUUUUGCUACUUACUUUUGUUACUGUGACAGAUUAUCUUUUUCUUCUUCGUAGUGUUACAAAAAUUAUGUCUGUUUUAAAAGAAAAUGCUAUGUAUUAUCUUGCGGCAGCUGUUAGUGACUUUUUUAUUCCAGCUCAAAAAAUGUCUCAACAUAAAAUUCAAUCAGAAGGUGGUGGAUUGACUCUAAUGAUGGAUCAAGUGCCAAAAUUUUUGAAACCAAUGGUUACGAACUGGGUUCCUGAUGGAUUUAUCGUUUCAUUUAAGUUAGAGACAGAUCCCGCACUUUUAGUUGAUAAAUCGAGACUUGCUCUUAUGCGAUACGGUCAUCAAAUAGUUAUUGCAAACCUACUUACUACCAGAAAACGUGAGGUAGUCCUUAUUACUCGAGGCUCGGAAUUUCCAAUAAAAUUGACAGAAGACGAAAUUGCUGAAGACAAGGAAAUUGAAUCCAAGAUCAUUCCUGAAUUAGUGAAAAGACAUCAUGAGUGGAUUCGCGAUGCAGGUCAUGCGGAUUUAUAA